AUGGCCGGUGUACCACGUAAAGAAGUUUGGAUAUGCAAGAGAUGCUUUUGGUAUAACGAGAUUGAAUAUCUCUGGUGCACAAAUGAUAUGCGGGAAUGCGACGGAAGGAAGCAUACCGAUAUCAAAGAUAUUAUUAAUGUUCCUACCCACUGGACUAUGGAAGAUGGAACUUACUCAGGCCGUCGUCGUUAA